GGAAUGUAAGCGAAUUGUCAGCCGCUCUUUUGCAACGUGCGGUGCAAAAAUUUGUAACAAAUGUCAAAACAUACAUUCUUGCAUCAACAAAUCAUUUUCCAAUGUCAGUUCUAAUGAAAGAUUGCAAGAAAUGCAACCAUUGUGUGAGGAACAUAAUUCUCCUGGAAGAUUUGUCUGCAUUCACUGUGAACACGUUCACAUGCGUAUAUGUAUACACAGAAGUGAUAAGAAUCACGAAAGAAAAUCGGUUGCUAAAGUUGGUGAGGAAGCAAGGAAAUGGUUUCCGUCAUUCAUAGCAUCGUUUGCUGAAACAAAAGUGAUAUUGGAGAACUUAACAAAACAAUAUGAUGAAUCUUUAAAUAAUCUCCAAAGUAGCAGAGAAGCAUUUGUUCGCGAGUUGAAAGUCAGAAAGUGGAAAAGAAUAGAAUAUUAUUUGAAGAUGAUAAACACGGAAGAAGAAAAUCUGUUGGGUGAACUAACAAUCUCUGUCAGUGAUGUCAACGUUGUAGAUCCUUACAAAUUUUCUGUUCACAAAACUAUGAUGGAUAAAACUGAAAGACUACCUAGCCAUGCACAAUUAGAAACUAAUUUGAAAAGCUUACUUGAUGAAGUGAAAGGCUGCAAAGAAUCAUUUAGGAAAGCAAAUCUUGGCUGUUGGAAGGAGCCAAAGAUAGAUGUAAAACCUAAAAACAGUAUUGCAGGAUACAAAAGAGUAUUGCAGGAUACAAAAGGAAGAUCUCCUUGUCGAAACGGCUGGUUUGUGAUGGGAAUUAACUAUUUUAGAGUUCUCUAG